AUGCCGUUCGACGUCGCGUCCGCAGAGUGUGAGCGCGCGUGGCGCUCGCAGCCGGCGCGCGCGGACGGCUGCGACACGACCGACGCCGCCGACGCGGCCGGCGCGCUCUCCGCCGCCGACAUGGACGCGCUCAUCAGCUCGUCGCAGCCCGCCGCCGCCGACGACCUGCUGCUGCGCGCCUCCGGCUCCGCGCGCGCGCCGCUCGUGCGCCGCAUGACGCGCCUGUGGCUGCGCGCCGAGCCCUCGCGCGCGCUGCACGCGCUCGGCCUCGCGCUGCGCCGGCGCGGCUACGUGUGGCGCCGCCUGCACCCCCACCUGGUGAGUCUCUCUCCGGCGACGCCGCAUCGCCGCCUCGAGAUCGCUCUGACCUCUCGCUCGUGCCCUCAGCUCGCGAUCGAAUGCGGGGCGGAGCUGCACAUGCGGGCGUGCGCGCUGCGGUACGGCGCGGGCGGGACGCUGCUGGAGUUCCGGCGCUCGCGCGGCUGCGGCCUGCAGUUUAAGCGCCGAUUCGUCGAACUGCGGGAAGCGUUGCGCCCGCUGGAGGCGCCUCCCCCCGACGACGACGACGCCGUCGCGCUCUCGUGA